UUCGAUUUUCUGAACCGCCAAAAUCAUCACUACGUAAUCUCCUCCACUAAAAAUAAUAAUAAAGAAAUAAAUUCUGAACCUUUAUUCAGUAUUUCAAAUUUAAAUCCAAGCACAAUUACUAGUGUACUGGUUUCAGUGGUUUGAUUAUGAACUAACUAUUCAAUGAUAACUUCACCAAUUCGAAAUGUCUGAUUCAGAAGAAGAAGUGAUUACUAGAAAACCAAAAACUACCAAGCUGUUUAACAGCGAUGACGACGAAUCAGACAACGAUAAAAAGUCUGAAAAAAGUUCCGGCUUCGUAGAUCACAGUGAUGAUUCGCAAGGUAGUUCGAAAUCCUUAUCAUCUAGAAACGAAAGUGACAAUGAAGGACGUAAAGCUCCGGUCAGAAAUAAUAAACCGAAUGAUUCUCCUGUGAAAUCCAAAAUAUCUGACAGCUCCGAUGACGAGAGGCGAUCUCAACCCAAGAAAUCAAGGAGCAGUUCAAGUAGCUCCGAUGAUGGGAAAACACCUCGAUCUAGAAAAUCCAGUAGCAGCUCGAGUAGUUCCAAUCAAGGGAAACCAUCUCAGUCCAGAAAAUCUAGAAGUAAUUCCAGCAGUUCCGAACGAUCUCGAUCUAGAAAAUCCAGUAGUAGUUCGAGUAGUUCCUGCGACGAAAAAAAAUCUCAGUCUAGAAAAUCUAGAAGCAGUUCGAGCAGUUCCGGCGACGAAAAAAAAUCUCAGUCCAGAAAAUCUAGAAGCAGUUCAAGUAGUUCCAGCGAUGGUAAACGAUCUCAGUCAAGAAAAUCUAGAAGCAGUUCCAGUAGUUCCAGCGACGAAAAAAAAACUCAGUCUAGAAAAUCUAGAAGCAGUUCGAGUAAUUCGGACGACGAGAUACGACCUCGGCUUAAAAAAUCUGGUAAAAAAUCGAGCAGUUCCGGCGACAAAAAAUUAUCUAAAUCCGAUAGUUCUGAUAACGAGACCCAUUCUCAAUCAAAAAGAUCAAAUUCUUCUGACAACGAUAGCCGAUCUGCCUGCAGUCAAAUUUCGAACAAAAACAACGCUAGUGACAACGAGAAAUCUGCUUCUAGUCCUAUACCAACGAAAGCAGAUUCAAAUAAUGCGCAGCAAAAAUCCAGUGGUAAAUAUAGUCUAAUUACCGCGUCAGAUUUAGAAUCUGAAGACGAUACUAGACCAGUAAUGAACGAAUCUAUGAGCGAUGACGAUCUUCGCCUGAAAUCAAAUAAAAAAUCCAAGAAAUUACUCAAGAAGAAAUCCACCUCGAAUAAAAAAUCUGCUCAUUCGAAAAGCAACGGCUUGUCUGAAGCGUUCGAUUCAUCUGGUAGCGAUGACGAAGAAACACCUUCACCCAAACGUGUUCAAAAAUCUGCAGCUAAACGAAAAAGUGAAACAAAAACUCCAAAGGAUUCAAAGGCUUCCAAAAAAGAAAAAGAUCCAUUACUAUCGAUUCGAAGCGAAACACAGAGAAUGAUCCGAGAAGGACGAAUAAGUUUACCGUACCAUCAACCCAAACAACGUUCACUGCACGAAUUCUUGCAAAGACGGAAAACUGCACCCUCUAUACCUUUAAAGGCCACACCAGAAGUUUUAAGAAACGUUUGCGAACAAUUGAUCAAUAAAGAGAAAGAGGUCGAAGAUUUUUACAAAUCAGAGUCAGAUAACUCUGAAACAGAAGAUCAGCCGAGUAAUUUACCUGAAACAGAAACCGAAGGAGCGAACGAUACUGUCAAAGAUAUCAAAUCAGCGUCAACUGAUCUACCUGUUGAUAAAGAAGCACCAGCUGUUGAAAUGGAGCUCGAUAAAGAUACUAAUUAUUCUACUCUCACAGACAACAAUGAAAGCAGAAAUCCGCCUUCUGACAUUUCAGAACAAAAUAAAGAUACCAACUCUACAUUAAUUGAUGACUCGCCGGAACGAGUCGAUCCUGAGUCGAACAAAAACAAGGAUCCGGUGUUGGAAAAAAGCGAUGAAAGCCCAUCGACGGAAAACCCAACCGAACCAAUUACCACUGAAGAAAAUCCCACCAAACCGAUCACCGAAGAUGGAUCCAAUCCUCAGCCUACUCCUAAAGAUGAUAAAAUUAUUCCGAUGGACGUAGACGAAGACACACAUGCGCUGAAGGAUUCUCAAGACCUCGUUAAUAUAACCAAAUCGAACGAAUCCGCCACCGAACAAGUUAACGAACGAGAUAUGCCAGAUAGCGAAGAUUUCGUUCUACAAAUAGAAGAUUCAUGUAGUAACUAUACUGAUGAUAUCACGAAACCGUCCAAUCUUCCAGCACCUGAGGAGCCGCCAAGCAAUGAGAUAACGAAACCGUCCAAUCCACUAGCAUCUGAGAUGCUUCCAGACAGCUCAGAUUUUGAACUAAGAAUUGAAGAUUCGUACAACAAUACCGAAACUCCGACUGAAACCGUACCCGCAUCCGAAGCGGAAAAAAUCUCCUCAAACUCCGUCGAAUCAACUUCUAAACCAGUUAUUUCCAAAGAUCGUCUGAAAAAUCGUAUAGAAGCUUUACUGUCUACUCGAAAAAUCAAAUUAUCAUCCCUUAAUUUAAAUUCAGCCCUUGAACCGAUACAAUUCGAGAUACCAUCUUUCCAACCUGAACCCACCGGUAUUCGCGACCUGAAAGAAAAAUUCGUUAAACAUUCGCUGGCUAAAAAGAAACCAAAAAGUACACCUUCGCAGGUCAACGUUGUAACAACUCAAACCGAUACCGAAGGAGGAGUGAUCGGCGUCUCCAAAGAAACCCUGACUAUGAGUUUGAACGGCGAAGAAAACGAAUUUUCCAACCCCAAGCUCAAAGUACCCGGUGCCAAACACGCGUAUUUGAAGAAAAAAAUGCUCGAUAUGCUCAUCUCGAAAAAAGAAGCUACCUGGAACGAAUACCAAAACGAAAAACGUAAAUAUUACGGAUCGGACGACGAAGAAAACUAUAUCGAUGGAGACAACGACGAUGACGACGCAGCUACCUGUAAAAAACUCAACUUCGAACCCUAUCAUCCGGAAGAUGAACCAGACGACGACGAAUUAGUCGAAGACGACGUUGUGUACGAAGAGAAAAAUCGAGAUAAAAAUUGCUUUGUAGACGAAGAAGCCGAUGUAUCCGAAUUGGAAGAUGAAGAAGACGAUAACCCUGCUGAGCAAGACGACGCUGACAACGGUGAGGACGAUGAUGAUGAUGAUGAUGAUGAUAAGGAUUCUGUAGACAGCGAUGGCUUAGAUUUCCAUGUUAAAGACGACUCACCCUCUAAACCUGACCAAUCCAACGAUAAUGCUGAAUCGAGUAAAUUAUUCAAAUACAACACGACCGGUUUCGAUUUAGAAAAAAAACUCCUUGGAUUGGAGAGUAUUUCGCAAACCAAUCUGAACGACGAUGUCUCAGCCAGCCAGAUUUUCGGUCUCUGUUCCGGUACAUUUGCUACGCAGCACCAACCUAGAAGCAAUACCGCUUCUGCUGCUAACGAAGAUGACGAUUUUUUCAUCGAUUCGCAGAACGCCGAAGACUCUCAGAAUAUUUGUUUAUCAUUACCGGACACUGAUAAUACCGUUGAAAAGUCAACAGAGAAGUCAAACAAAGACACAGUUUUCAAGUUGAAUGAUACGCCAGAAGAAGAAGAGGAAGAGGAAGAAGAAAUAUUCACGAGGAAAAAGCCAACGAUGAGGAUAGUUGAAGAUUCGGAUGACGAAACGACCGAACCAACCAACGAGGCCAACGCCGAUGCUUCGGACGAAGAUAACGGUAUCGAUGACCAAGAUGAAGACGAAGCAGACGGCGAAAAUAUCGAAGACGAAGAAGAAGGGGCAGACGAGAUCGAAGCCGAAGAAUUCGGUUACGAUUCGGAAGAAGAGCUGGUCUCGUAUGAUAAACCCUCAGCCAGGGAAUUUUUCGAAAACGAGGCCGAAUUAUCUGAAUCCGAAUGGGGAAGCGAGGAUGAAAAUGAAAAGGAUCUCGAUAAACUGGAAAAGGAAGAAGGAGACGAUGACGAAAUCGAUGCAGAUAAAUUAAAAGAAGAAUUGGGUAAAAUACACAUGAGACAACUUUUGGAUGAUGACCAACACGAUGUUCGUUUACUGAAAGAAAUGCUGCUGGAAGAUGGCGAAUUACAUUCGGAUGCGAAAAGACAACGUAAAUUCCAGUGGAAAAGUUUGGCCGAUGGAGACGAUUUCUUUAAAAACCACAGCUACGAUUCGGACGACGAGAUUAAUUUAAACGACGACGACAACGACAACGACGAAAGUGAGGAGCACUGGAGAAAAAUACGCCACGAACGUGAAACGUUUCUAUUGCAACAGGAGAAAAAAUCGAAACUCAACGAUACGGUUACUGAAAGCGUCGAAAGUACUUUUGCCAGCACGAAAAUCAUCGACGAAAGUAUAGUUACGAAAAUCGUCCAACGUACUUCGUUUUCGUCUACUGGGAACACCUCGAAGGAUAAACCUGAUCAAGAUUUAUCAAAAACGAAUUCUAAAAUUAAAUGCGGCUCCUUCCUAUCGAGAGGUAAAUUAUUGCUGUCCAAGAUGACCUUAUCAGUUAGCGAAACCAAAGAAAAUUUACAUGGCGCUAAAAACAGCAGGAAUUUUGUAUUCGGAGCCAGGAGUCCUAAAAAAGAACAAGUCCCAGUUACCGUUGAGAAAACUGAAAAAAGAAAAUCAACGAGUACUUCGGUAAGUGUUCCCAAAAAAGUGAGAUUAUCCGUUGACAAUGAAACCAACCCAGCGCGUCGUAAGGGUUUAUUAGCUCGGUUGGCUUUGACGGAAUAAUUUUUAAUUAUUUUAGAUUACCUAUUUAUUAAUGUAAAAGGUUUUUGUAAAAGUUCCUUGUAUAUCCGUAUUGUAUUUCUUUUUGUACUUGUAAAGCGAAUUUGUUUUAUUUUAAUAAUUGUAAAAAAUAUCGACAUGAAAUAUAUUAAUUUUACACGUUA